UGACUGUAGUGGGAAAAAGAAGAGCGAUAGUUUUCUACAGCCGUGUUUGACUUUCUGCUGCGGGGGGGGAGAGACAUGUUUUGCGGAGGAAAAGUGAAGAGUGAGGGCGCAGCGCACGGACGUCAACACCGACAGCCGGGGGAUGUUACGGGGAGUUGUGCGAGCCUCCACGGCGGCAGAAUGAGACUGUGAAUCCUCCCGUGGCGAAGGGGAAAAGCUCUUGUUUCGGACGCAGCACAGAGGACGGAAAACGAGAGAGAGAGCCAAAACAAACUAAAAGGAGUGCCUUAGAAGUGGGGAAAAAGAGGAGCGACGCACAAUCUACAGCACUUUGUGAACAGUGAAGAAGAGAUGAGACCAAUGAAGAAGCACAGAGGACGAUCCCCGCCGUUAACUCGAGGCAGAGGGGGUAAAAGGAGGGGAGGCUCUCAGCCCCUCCAAGAGAAAGACCCCAAAAGAGUUAAGAGGGAGACACUCGUCAAAACCGCACAGCACACACCCAACACUCUCUCCGCACGCAAACAGGGUCCGCCCACAGCCAUCAAGUCAAAUGAAGCACCAGUCACAAACAGCAAGAGGGAGGAGUUGACUGAGCCGAGGAAACCUGUGGAAUCAGCCGAUGGAAAGAAAGCAGUAGAAAAGACAGAACAAGACAAGACAGUGGGCACGAAGAGCACCAUGUCCACUGAUACUUUAGUGGUUCCUACCUCUGCCCUAGCGCCACUGUCCACAGCUACUCCCCCUCCGAUCACUAAUCACAGCCCUAGUGUAGGCUCGGUCUCUAGCAGGAAGACGGCUACAUUUAAGGCUCGUGUCCCGAAGAAGAAAUACACAUAUGAGCACUUUGCUAACAAUGCAAAUGCCCUGACUACCAUUCCUACCUCCAGCCCUGCACUCAUACACAACAGUUACUGCAAUAUCAACAGCAAACUUAAUGAUAAUGUGAAUACGCCCAACAAUAACUCCAAGAGUUGUAACACUAUUAGUAAUAAUAGCAUUAAUAGGAACAUUUCUGUUAGUAUCCAUAGUACUAAUAGUAACUCUACAAGUAGUAUUAACAACAUGAUUAGCAGUAAUAGUAGUGCUGGGAGCCAUAAUACUUUUAUUAAUAGCAGUAAUAGUAGAAGUAAUAAUUGCUCAGGUAAUCAGCCAUCAGUGCUAACUGUGGAUAGUAAAGCUACAGAAGAAAACCAUUUUGUCCCCAUGGAAGACCGGGCCCUCAGGACAGCAGACUCCCAGGAAAAAGAGCCUCAAGCUGGUGAAAAUGAGUCAGAGGGGGCCCCUAACUCAGUGCGCUCCUCGUCCACUGACACAGCCAGCGAGCACUCAGCUGACGUGGAUGCGAUGGAAGCAACAGGACUCAGCCCUCAUCAAAAAGCCUCCCACAUCCCAGCUCCCCCCCUUUACUCACACCCUGAAGAGGCUGGCCUUACCGAGGGGCUGGCUGAGGCUCUGGCCAAAGGCAUGAAGAACCAGAGAGUUCUGGCUCGUCAGAUAAAGAACACCAUGGAGAGUGGGGUGGGGGCUGCAAUGAACAGAGGGCUUAAGGAGAGAGACUUAUGCUCCCCGUCACCUUUGUUCAGGCCAGGGGUGGUGCGUCGGGUGAGUGGAGGUACUGUCGAAGUCCAGCUCCAAGGAAAGGACACCUUUGUUAAAUUCCCUUUCCAUGGUGGAUCCAUGAUGACAUCAUCAUCAUUGUCGGGGGCCGACACCACUGUGGACUUCAUUUUAGAUGCUCCGCCACCUGGCAUGGCACCUGUGGCUGUCGGGACCCGAGUGUGUGUGCCCUUUGCUGGAGAGGAUGGGGGUCCUCUCCUGUACAGGCAGGGGAUUGUCACUCAGGUGGACCCCCAUCCCGGAGUCUCAUUUCCUUACCAGGUGCUCCUGAGUGAGGACAGAGAAACUCUGGGUAAUGAUGGGGUGGCAGAGGAGAAAGAGAAAAGGAAUGCUGUGUGGGUGUCUCGACAGAGCCUGAGACUCCUCACCGCUCCCUGGGAGGUCCAACAUUUGGAGGGUGGGAAGGCGAUAGAGAGAGAACGGGAGAGGGAAAGAGAAGAGAGGGAGCGGAUGGAGGAGAUGGAGGUAGAGAGGGAAGUGUGCCAGUUGAGUAUUGGAAUGGGGGUGCUGGGAGGAGGAGCGAGACUAGGCCAUGGUCUUGCCCAUGAAGGGGUUGCAGGAGGGCAUCCCUAUGUAAACGUACAUCCAUCCCCCCGCUCUUCCACUGUGGCCUCUGGUGCAGGAGCCAGCACACCUCAUGAGUGUGAGGGUAACUUCUCCGACAGAGAGAGACAAAAAGAGCCCAACACUCCAGAAGAAGAUGUUGAGGUUUCUCAUUUUAACUUGGGCCUCGCAGCUGGUCCCAAGCCACCUGCUGGGACGUCUCAGCAGAGAAACAUCCUCUCCAAGUCCAGUGGAUACCCUCCCUCCUCCCCCCACCUCUCUGUUGUACAGGGUCUGGGAACCCCACACCUCUCACCCCUCGCUGGUCCUCAGCCACCCCCUUCCCCUGCCCUACUGGGGUCAGAAAUGAACAACAGCACUCCAAACCUACCUCCGACCAAGACCACUCCCACCCAGACCCCUACUCCCACUUCUGGUGUGGGGUCCUCCUCUACCUCCUCUCGCUCCAGGACUCCCCUCUCAUUGGCACAGCAAAAAUACAAGAAGGGUGAUGUGGUGUGUACCCCAAAUGGUAUUCGUAAAAAGUUCAAUGGUAAGCAGUGGAGAAGGCUGUGCUCCAGGGAGGGCUGUAUGAAGGAGUCUCAGCGUCGGGGAUACUGCUCCAGACACUUAUCCAUGAGGACCAAAGAGAUGGAGGCGGCAGGGGGAGAAAGGGGGGGAGGCAGCAGCUCAGGGACCGUCACCCCCUCUGACCUGCGUGGCAGAGCCAGUAGUGAGUUUGAGUGGGAUGACACAUCAAGAGAGAGUAGUGAGACCAGUAGCAGAGGAGACUCCCGACCCCGCCUGGUCCUGCCUUCCCUCCUCCCCCAUGAACUGUCCUCACGCUUUGAUUUUGAUGAGUGUGAGGCCGCCACCAUGCUUGUAUCGUUAGGGAGCUCCCGCUCCUGCACCCCUUCCUUUUCUCCCAUCUCCAACCAGUCGCCCUUCUCCCCUGCCCUCUCUCCCUCACCCUCCCCACUUUUCGGCUUCAGGCCGGCCAACUUCUCCCCGAUUACCGCCUCCCCAGUUCUGCAACACCGGAGGCACAGGCAACCCAGCGGUACGGGGGGAGGAGGGGGAGGGGGCAGCAAAGCAGCAACCUCAGCUGGAGGAUCAGAAAGGGAGAGACACACUUCAGGCAUCCAGCCUUCCUUCCACAGUAACCUGACGUUUACGGUCCCCAUGAGCCCCAGCAAACGAAAGCCAGAUGCGCCUCCUCCUCCACCCGUUCCCUCACACCACCACGAUUACACACCCAAGACUGAGUUGGACCAGGGGGAACUAAACUCUUUCAGGGUGUUGUCCCCCCAGACACCAGCUUCACAUUCCCACACGCACACACCCACCUUCUCCCGACCCAGGGGAGUAAGCACCCCCUCCUCCAGUAAGCCCUCUACUACUGUCUCCCCUCCUCCUCUGCUGGUGUCUCCAGCUCCUCCUUCUCCUCUCACUCAUGACGGGGGGCCUCGUCGCUUGGUUCCUGUAUCCCAACAGGCCUUGCGGGAUUCCCCUGUCAUAGUGAGGAAUCCUGAAGUCCCACUGGCAAAAUUUACAGAAUGUCCCAUAGGUAGAGUAGGAGGAGGGAGUGGAAACGAGGGAGGGACAGAUCACUCUUCAUCCAAAGACAUUAACCAGACACCCCUUACUCCUCAGCCGAUUUCUGGACUCCAGAUUCCCGUCCCCAUUAAUGCUGCUACAGCCACAGUACCCAAUGGCACCAUCCUUUUGCGAAGCGCAGCCCAAACUCUGGUGCUUGUGUCCCCAACACCUUCCUCGCUGCCCACCGCUGACACCCCUGCCACCCCCCUGCAGGCCCUUUCAGUUACCGUCAGCACAACAGCCACAGCUCCCACUCCGAGUAGCACAGACAGCACCGGGGAGCUGGGGGAGAACAGGGGGACGGUGUUUGGGGGUGAGGUCCAGCAGCCAGUUCCCUGUCACCCUUCUCCCACUGCACUGCUGCCCUUGAUCCUCCCAGCACAAAGCAUUCACCCCAUCCCACGAAAGGAAAUCAUCAUGGGACGUCCUGGCACAGUGUGGACCAAUGUAGAGCCCCGGUCAGUUCCAGUCUUCCCCUGGCAUUCAUUGGUCCCUUUCCUGGCACCAACCCAAUCAGAUGCUCCUUCUCUGCCAGGGGAGGGCCAGCAUCCAGUUAACCACCCCCAAGCAGCCAGUCUGAAGUCAGAAUGUCAGGGGGUGGCAGCGCUGUCACAGGAGCCUGCAGAGGCUCCUCCCCCUGUCGAAAGAGGUCCCCCGCCCCGACCUCCCCCCUCCUCUGAUGAGCCGCCUCCAGAGAAGGAGAAAGGAGAGGCAGAGAGGGAGAGGCCUGACAGCGAGACCGAGAGUGAUGUUGAUGAUAUCUUCCUUCCAGGAGUUGUACCAGAACCGCCUCUCGCUAUAUCACCGGUAAAGAGGCGCACUCAGUCCCUCAGUGCGUUGCCCAAAGAUGGAGACAAGAGCAGCCCUGGAAAGAGGGAGAAGGACCACAUCCGGCGACCUAUGAAUGCAUUCAUGAUUUUCAGUAAGCGCCAUCGAGCAUUGGUGCACCAGCGGCACCCAAACCAGGACAACAGGACAGUCAGCAAGAUUCUUGGGGAAUGGUGGUAUGCCCUAGGACCCAAGGAGAAACAGAAGUACCAUGAUUUGGCUUUCCAGGUAAAAGAGGCCCACUUUAAGGCCCACCCUGACUGGAAGUGGUGCAACAAAGACAGGAAGAAGUCCAGCUCCGAAGGCAGGGGAGUCCCAGGGGGCAAAGAUAUCAGAGAGAGGAGCAUGUCUGAAUCCACAGAGCCCCAUUCUGUGGAGCUGAAGGGAGUUGGUCCAACUCUGGUUGCUGAGAGGAGUACAGGAGAAGGUCAUGUGGGCCAACUAACCCGACCCCGAGCCUUCUCUCAAAGUGCCAUGCACAGCCUGGAGCGGAGUGACAGGGGUAAUACACAGGCUCUGGCAGAACUGGCACAGAUGUGUGGGGAUGGUGGCAGCCAGUUUUCCAGUCAUGCCCCACCCCGGCCGCAGUCCCAGCGGGGGGUCAGUGAGGACAUGACCAGUGACGAGGAGCGCAUGGUCAUCUGUGAGGAGGAGGGAGAUGAUGAUGUCAUCGAGGACCCCUAUCCUAGCACCUCCAUAGACCUCAAGUGUAAGGAGCGGGUGACUGACAGCGAUAGUGAUAAUGGUUCUGCAGACGAAAGCGAUCGAAAGAGAGUUUUUGCCCCAGUCAUCUGCUCCACUGCGUCAUCCUCCUCCUCACACCACACACCUCAUGUCAGGAGUGUCUCACUGUCCUCUUACCCCACCAGCAGGCGUUAUGAUGAGGGGAGAUCAGGUGGGGGUGGGUUUUCAGAUCACAGGAGGAAGGAAAGGGGAGAAGGAGAGGGUAAAGACAAAUUUGGGGGAGAGGGAGGAGGAAGAGGAAUACAAGCCUCCUCUCUGUCCCUCUCUUCUGGCCAGUCAGUCAUUUCCACUUCUCCGGCUGGAGGGCAUCUGUCCUCGUCAGUUCAUUCACUGGGCGGGAACCCACUGCUGGGCAUUGGUGCUGUGAGGGUGGCGUCUACAGUGGUGACCAAUGUAAUGCGUCCUGUUAUCAGCACACCGCUCCCCAUCGCCAGUAAACCCAGAGAUGGAGGCUCUUCAUCCAGCCCUCAUCUGGUGGAGAGGAGGUCCCUGACCCCCCAUCAGCAGCCGCACCUUCUGAUUGGUUCAGGACCAGGAGGUGGGAUCACAGGGGGUGGGUACUUCUCUUCUUCAUCACCUAAUCCUAUAGGUGGAGGCAUAGGCCCAGGUGGUGUAGUGACUAAUUUGGUGUUAGGAGGGGCUUUGUCUGCUCAACCCGCUGUCCAGCUCUUCACCCCCUCCCCCCACCCGCAUCCCCUGCAUCAUCAGUCCCAUACCUCCACUGCUAUUUCAGCUCUUCAUAGCCAAACCAAUGGGCCCCUGUCUGUGCCCAUGCUUCAGCCCCAGUUCCUUCCUACCUCCUCCCUGGCACCCCCUGGGGGUAAAGCCAUCACACAAGUCCAGUACAUCCUGCCCACUCUACCUGCCAACACCAACCCCAAGAGUCCACCUCAGCAGCUCAGCCAGCCAACCAGCAUCUUCAACCUGCCCACAGCUCCACCCACACACAUGUCCCUGGCCAAUGGAAAGCAGCAGGGUGCAGGUUCACUGACAGGAUAUACGUCCAGCCCCGCAGUGGGAGUGGUCAGCCCUGGCCCCCGAGUACAAACACAGUCUCCGGUGCUCCAGGGUAAAAUGCUUGUUCCCAUGGCAACAGUACGGACUGCACCAGCCCCUGCCCAGCAGUUUCCCAUUGUGGCUCCGCCUCUUCCUGUCCAGAACGGCGCUCAGACCGGAAGCAAGAUCAUUCAGAUUGCGCCAAUGCCAGUAGUCCAGUCCCAGCUCCAUCAGGGGGGGGCAGUGCACCCUGCCAGCCCCUACCCUGUAGCAAUGGGCACAGCUGCUGUGAUGGCUUCAGGAUCAGCCCCCUCCCAGACUGUACUCCUGCCACCACCACCCACCAGGAUCACCUAUGUCCAGUCCACUCCAGGGGUCCCAUCCACUCUCCCUCUGGUCUCCACAACAACAGGCUCCUCUUCCACCCAGCAAGCUAUGCCAGUGCCUGGAUCUGCAUAUGUUCCCUCGUCCUUAGCAACACUUGGGUUUACAGCCAUUGCACCACCUGGACAGACAUUGGUUCAGCCACUGAUUGCAGGUCAGCCACCGCUCGUCGCCACAGCUCAGUCUCAUCAGCCCCCCUUGUCAGCCCCUGC